UUGGUCUUUCUCGAUUCGUUUUCGCUAGAUUCGGAAGAUCCACCAUCUCUACGAGAUUCCGUCCCGUCGACGACGGAAGUCGAUAAGGAAGGGGAGGCAGUAAAAAAGGGGAUGAAAGUGGGUUGUCUAUCCGCGGUGUUCCCCCUCAUAUUCGACGGAAAUGAAAUCGAAAUCGCGGAUCGCGGGCGCAUUUGACCGAACAUGCUCCCACAAUCACUCCGUCCUCUCUCUCUCCCUCUCCCAGCCACGAAAAACCCCAACUCCCCAUCGCUAUAUAGAGCCAAGGCUUGAUACCCACCCGCACUCAUAUACUAUUGCUCUUGCAACGCUCCUCAUAAUCUAUCUCCAAGGCUGUAAAAAAAAAAGCAGCCUCUUACAUCAUCACCUCAUCGACAAUCUCGAACAGGUCAGUGCCUCUCACCCGAAACGUCAACUCGGGAAGGGCAAAACAGCACCGCACGACGCAAACCUCGACAAUGUCGCCCUCACUUCACACGCCCGUCCCAUUCGACGACGGCCACCUUCUCAUCGAAACGAACCCGGAAAUUGCAUAGAAAUAGUGUACCGACGGCGAGCCACCUGGUCGUUUCAAAGCCCCGACUUCCCCUCGAGCUCCAAUCAUCUAUCUCAUUUUUGGCGACUUUUCAACAAGGUCCCGAGCGGGAAGAGGAGCAAAAAACGAUCAUACACCUCUCUGGGCACUUGCGAAGGAGGAUGUGGUGACCCCUUUCGAGCGAUUGGGAGGGCGAACCACACUCCGAACAGCUAGCAACACGGGUGCCGAACGAGACCUCUCCUCCCGACCCAGUUUCCUGUGCUUCGUGUGCAGGAUCUUGGGCGGGUCGAAGCGUCGUCGUCUCGUGCUGAGAUUAUACCGUUAAUGAGCGGAACAGCGUAGUGGCUGCGACGUCGAGCUUUGCUAAGCUGUUUUCCCUUCCUUCUACCCUUGAUCUUCUCGACCGAACGAUCCUUCCAACGGGGAGCCACGUCGUCCAGCACUCGUUCUGUCGAUAUGCUGGGCGUCGAGGCGGACCUGACGGGGGGAUCGGGAGGGAGGAAGUUCCUCGUUCG